CACAGAUCAAGAAGGGGGAGGUUUUCCAGGGAAAAGUGACUUCACGCAUCAAAGUCAUUCACACGUCGGAGUCAAUCCAGAUCACAAUGGAGAUGAACGUUCUACUGAUGCUCCUUCCUUUCCUGACAGGUGUAUUUUCACUGAGACCUAAAACAAUAUACACCAGGACAGGGGAGAUGGUGGUGCUGCGCUGCCCUCAGAAACAUGAUUCUGACACGACUAUCCUGUGGACCAACCAGACGAGACAGGGGAUGGAUGUGACCAGCAUCCUGUCAACACAGUCAGCUGCUUUGAGUCAGAUGGACGUACUUCUACACGGGCACAUCCUUGUGAUACUCAGUGCCUCUUUGAGCCAUCAGGGAAAUUAUUCAUGUUCAGCGAGGAAUGCCAGCAGAAGGUUCUGGUUCAGCCUGAUUGUGUAUGAACCCCAGUCCAGAGAGUAUGAAGAGAGGAAUCGUUAUUCCACAACAUGCUACACACAGGAGUCCUGCACACUGUAUUGUCCUACAGCGAACAUCCCCGCUCACGAUACUCCUAAUAUCACAGGCAGAGGAAUCACUUGGCACAAGGAGGGCGAGACAGUGUCAACACCACACGACUUCCCGAGUGCAGUGGAAAGAGACGGUGGCAUCUACAAGUGCAUCAGAUCUUUCUUGUACGACGGUCAAAUUUAUAACAUGAGCUUCUCAGUAGUGCUGGAAAUCCAGAAAAGCAAAUAUGGAAAAUCCGAGAUCAUCUCGCCACAUCAAAAUGACGUGUUCCACAUAGACUUAGGAUCAACAUUAGUGAUAGAGUGUAAAGCUGUUGCGUACUCCGACUAUGACGUGGUGUUUUGGCUAAGUGAGAAUUCAUUUGUCGAUACAGAUGAGAGCCUACCCGUUUUCUACAAUUAUUCAAGUACCAAAUAUAUAGAUGAAGUAAAUAUGACAGCCUCGUUAGUCUUCAAAGACGUGUCAGAGGAGGACCUGUUGAAGAAAUACACGUGUAAACUGGAGUCUGACCACCAACAGUCAAGCUUUAUCACCAUCUCUCUGGCUGAAAAACGUACGCCAGGCAUUUGUCCCGUGACGGCCAAAGAGAUCUAUGCUAACGCUGGUGACCUGGUGAUGCUAAACUGCAGGGAGUCUAAACAUGAUGGUACCGUAAUGCUUUGGAAGAUGGAGAAAGACCAGGAGAUGCACCUCUACAGCAACAUGUCAGCGUCUGAGCAGCAGAAGCUCGAUGAGCCUCAGCCAAAGUUAGGAAUCUAUUUACCCAAGAAUGGUCAGAUUUUUGAAGUAGAACUCGGCACAAAAAAAGUGAUUGCUUGCAAAGCACUCGUAGAUUCUUGCCAAAAUGAACCAUAUUGGACGAGUGACGGGGAAUUUGUGGAUGACUCGGAUUUUUUCACAGAUCCAUGUGAAAAUGAAAAAAUGCCGAAAUGGAUGAAUACAUCUUUAAUUUUCAGAGAGGUGUCACCUGAAAACCUGUCAAAAACUUUUACAUGUGCAUAUUCAAGUCACAAACUCAUCUCCACCGUCAACAUCACCCUCGUUAAAAUAGCUCAACCUUCUCAUGUGACGCUAAUCGUAUGCUCUGUCUGCGUUGUGGUGUCGAUGGUGGUGAUCGUUGUUGUUUAUGUGAAGUUUAAAAUUGACGUCACCCUUUUCCUACGAGAUAAAGUUGGCUUUAAAGAUUGCCGAAGCAGCACUUCAGAUGGAAGAAGCUACGAUGCAUUUUUGAUGUGUUAUAAAAGCAUCACUGAUGGAGGACUGAGUGAGGAAGACAGAAAGUGCCUGGCGAGCACUUUGGAAAAUGAGUUUGGCUACAGCAUCUGUCUUUAUGAUCGAGAUGUCUUACCUGGUCAAGCUGUAGCCGAUGCUGUGUUGGACUGCAUACAGCAGAGCCGGGCUGUGGUUUUGAUUCCCGGCUUUCCUGAUCCUGAACCAGGAAGUGCAGUGCUGAGCGCCAUCCACUCUUCUCUAGUGGAGCGGAAGACGCGCUUGAUUUUUAUAAACACAGAGCAGACGGAGGCGUCGACGUCGGGUUCGUUUCCAGAGGCUUUGCAGCUCCUGAGUAAAGCCGGGAAUAGCGUCACCUGGAAGGGACGGCCGCCCCCCACCUCCUUCUGGAAGCAGCUGCGUUAUCACUUACCGGCCCCACAGCAAACACCAAAAAUGCAACUUUUAUCACAAGAAUGCUAGGAUGAUAUCCAAACCUAACUAACCAUUUUACACUGGACAUACAACAUGAGCGAUAAGAAAUGCCAAGUAUUUUGUUUAUGCGUUAACAAAAUAAUGCAGAAAUCAAUUUAAUGAAUGUGUUUAUAUUUAAAAUAUCCUGUUUAUUUAUGACUUUAGUCUACUGAGUACCUCAGUGCAGUACACUAAGAAAAACUGACAUGUGAAUGCAACAAUUAUAUUUCUAUCUUAUUGCAACAGUACAAGUUGAGUAUUUGCAGUUGUUUAUGUAACAUGUGAACAGCACAGUAAAAGUGAACAGCAGAAUGUGAA